UCUCAAUAUAGAUGCCAAGUGUUGAAGACUCGGAAACACGGAAUAGACAAACACCGUCUCGGUCGUCAGCUUUGUGUACUGUCGUCACCACAGCCGAGUACCCCUCAUCAAGUUAGCAACCGUCGAUAUGGGUCUCCUAUCCCCUCGAGGAUUGCCGUGGUCCAAAGAGCCACCCAAGCCCAAGGCACACAUCCAAGCGUUCAUCCGCCAGAAUGAAUCUCAAGAACGGCUAGACAAGCCACCGGCACCCGCCAGAAGCUACAGCUCACCUUCGCGUCAACCGCAGUGGCCAGAGAGGAGCACUGCGCCCAUGCCGUCUCACCAAACGACCAGAUGGACCAACGCCAGGCCGUCUGCCAAGCGGGCCGACACGGAGCCCUUGCCCAUGCUCCCGCCAAGGCCAUCGAACAGUAGGCCGGGGGAAGGUCCCAAGUUUGGCUUCCUUGGAAAGGUCUGUCCGAGCUUAUGUCGGAAACAUAGAAUACCAGACUACGCAGAGGAUGAAUAUUGGACACCAAAAAGCAACGUAGACAUCAUGAGAGAUGAUUUGAUGUACUAUGAUGAGAGGAGAAGAUGAUGGGCAUUCGGCUAAAUCGGAAUGGACCGGUGACGAUGGAUUACCAACUGACUUUAGACACCUGGUUGGGUAAAGGAAAAUUGUAAAAGUGAGGCAAAGUGCAAGGCAACGCGGGCGUGGCCAUAUGCCCGUUGUUCUGUUCAAAGUUAACAAAUUGGACUGAUGGAUGAUGGACAUGGAGAUGUGGAAAUCUCAGUAAUGGAGUAACAUCAGAGGACAAAUAUGCAAGGUCGCCGAAUCAGCUAACAGUUUUGGUUGCCUAAAGUCAAAAAUAGUACGCGUACUACAAGUUGUUUACUGAGGUUGAUAACCCACUGUUGAUCUUCUCCC